GGGGGGGAAUGCUUGGCACUUCCGGGUGUGUCCGUGCGGAGGAGAGAGGAGAGGCGUUGCUGCGGCGGAUCAUCAGCAUCCAGAGAGAUACAAAGAAGACGGCGACAAUGGCCGAGAUAUCACUGUAUCUCACUAACGUUAACGUGUCGAUAGGACAGAGCAUGGAGGUGGAGCAGACUCAGAGGAACCCUAAUAGUAACCCUGCUAGAGGCUUUGAGAGUGUGGAGCUGGGGGAGCUGGGGGAGCUGGGGGAGCUGGACAAGAGAGAGGAGGAAGAGGAGCAGCAGAGGGAGAAGGUCCCCCGCAGGAUCAUCCAUUUCUCCAGCGGGGAGACCAUGGAGGAGUACAGCACCGACGAGGAGGAGGGAGAGGACAAGGAGCCAGAGAGGAAGGACCUGCUGUCCUCCCCGGGCGAUGCGGUGAGGUCCAAGUUGACCUGGGGUCCAUACUUCUGGUUUCACAUGUGGAGAGCUGCCACGUCCACCAUCUCAGCAUGUGACUACCUGGGGGAGAGGAUGGCCUCCCUCUUCGGGAUAACAUCGGCCAAAUAUCAGUACGCCAUCGAUGAAUACUACAGGAUGAAGAAAGAGAGGGAGGAAGAGAAAGAGGAAACCCGCCUGUCAGAAGAGGCGGAACGAUCUUUUGAUCAGCUGCCGUCUCGGGAAGACGAAGAAGACGAGCCAAUCACAAUUGCAGACCAGCCGGAUGUGGCCACCGUGGCUCAGCCCGACGUGACCUAUCAGAUCGAGGACGAAAACCGGGCAUCUUCGAACACCAUCAGAGUCCCCGCUAUCGUCACGGCGACCUAACCAUCACCUAGAAAUGGACGUUUGCGCUUUAAUGUCUGUCUGUUUGUUCAAGAAGGAACACUGUCUUGUUUCACCAAGCACCGUUUGGUUUGUGUACGACACGGCUUUAGAUGGGCAGUGCUGCUGUAUUGUGGUUGUUUGGCGAGGACAGUGGUGGCGGAGGAGUUACUCCGCUGACUACUAGGUGUCCCUAUGCAACAGUGUAGCAAUUGAUAAAGUAACUGCUGGAUGAUGGUUACCUUUGCACGGCAGCUGGAUUCUCACGGUGUCACAAGAUCACGUGAGAAUUGCAUAUCAAACGAAAAUCCAUCUUUUCAGGCUUCAAGUAAUGCGUUUGUGUCCAGCAAGCCAGGGCCAACGGACCAAUCGGCGUCCUGUGAGGAGCUACUGGCAGCUACGGAGCGGCGACUGUUAGUUCUAAACAACAAUGGCAGCUCCUGAAGAUGCUUGCUGCACAUGUAACGUUAGGCAUACAAGUGUCACGAUCCCACAGUUUUCUUCUUGCUGCUGCCCCACGUCUUAUUGCCUGUAUCCUCAGUUUUUCGGUUCGGCAGCUUAUAAAAACUUAGUUCUGGGAUCUUUACCCUGUUGGUAGUCCAUCCCAGCACACAGCAGCUUUUAGGCAUUUUUCUGUUGUUAGUUAGCAGACAAAAGUGACGAGGAGGCACCUUCAUGCAAUACAAAGUCAAUGGAGAGCGAUGAAUAGUUUUCCCCCUCCAGUGUGGGCUGGACUUAAUUGUGCUCUGUCUCUAUGACGGCUUCUGUUCUGUGUAACAACAAACCAUCUGGUGGGUCGGGUUACGGUAAUGGAACAACAUAUUUGGAUUUUUGUCAAGUAAAUUUUAUUUGCAUAGCACAAUAUCCCAAAUUUGCCUCAGGGGGCUUUUUAAACUGUACAGGAUACAACACCUUCUGUCCUUUACAGUACAACCCUCUCAUCAGAUGAGGAAAAACAUUACCCAAAAAAAACCUUUUAACAGGGAAAAAAAUGGAAGAAACCUCAGAAAAGAGCAACAGAGGAGGGAUCCCUCUUCCAGGGCAGACAGAUGUGUAAUAGAUCAUAGAUAUAGUCUUGUGUACAGAGUAACAACAUAAUGAAAAUACGACAUAGUCAAUAAAAAUGAUGCAUAUCAUGUGAAACAUAUAUAAAGAGAUGGAUCCAGGAGGAUGUCAAGCAGCUAGACAGAUAGACCCUGAGCAACACGAGCGCCUCUUCAUCAUGGAAGGUUUUUAUUUCACAGUUGCUUUGGUAAUGUAAACGUAUGUUUCCCAUGACAAUAAGCCCCUUAAGACUGAAUGGUAAAUGGACUUGCAUUUAUAUAGCGCUUUUCUAGUCUUCCAACCACUCAAAGCGCUUUACACUACAUGUCAGCAUUCGCACACUGAUGGCAGAGGCUGCCGUGCAAGGUGCCAACUUUGCCCAUCAGGAUCUAAUCUAAAUACUCAUUCACACACCGAUGGCUAUGAAGGGGGUUAAUCGACAUUUGACCCGGAGCAGCCGGGGAUCGAACCACCGACGUUCCGAUUGGUGGACAUCCUGCUCUACCUUCUGAGCCACAGCCGCCUUAGCUGAAGUAAAUUAAUAGAGAGGCUAAAUCUCCUGGAGGACGGAGGUCCAGGGUCCGUCAUGUGGAACGAGGCACCAACAGCCAGGAGAAGCAGAGAGAGUUCCCAGAACGGCUAAUAUUAUUGUCGUCAGCAGGACUACUAGGCUUAAAUUAUACAUUGAGACUGAGACCGACCCGCCAGCAGAAUAGUAAAAGAAUAACUAACCAAUUAAUUGAAAUUUAGGGCAAAAAAAGAUGGGUUUUGAGUUUGGUUUUAAAAGGCUGCACAGAAUCAGACUGUCUGAUGCCCAUAGGGAGGUUAUUCCUGUGGCUUGCUGACUUCUUUGGAUCCAUUGAGUUCUGUGUGUGUGUUGUGAAAAAAACGCAAUAUGAGUCCGAAAAUGUUAUAUAAUGUGCCAAUUUAUCUGCCGAUGCAUAGUUUUGUUCACAUCGUUAGCUCGUUUCGAACGACAGCGUUUCCAUUUUGGUUAGUUGUUACAUUAUCCAGCAGCUAUUGCAUUACCAGUUGCUACAGAAUUUGAACGUCUGCUUUGGAGUGAAGGUUACAUGUUGCUCCCCCGUGCCUCGGAAUCGACCGGACACUGUGCCUAAAUCACCAAUACAGCCAAGUCAGUGACAGAUCUGGACAAAAGCAUAAUAUUUGAAAUUGACUUCAAGACGUAAACUAUAGCCUUUGAUUCAGUGAGUAUACACUCAUUCAAAUAUCUGAUGCAUGUACAAACGAGCUGUUUUGUCCAGAUCUGGUCAAACUGGUGCAUUCAUGAUACACCUGGCUGCACCAAAGAGCUGGCCAUUUUAACACUCCCUCGCAUGUUAAUUUUGCUCUCUGUAUCUUUUUUGUAUUAAUGCUUGUAUUGCACUCGCUGUCUGCGUGGAAACACGGAGCAGAUUUAGCCUUGGUUAGCGAAUCAUCUGUGGAGACCGAUUGACCUUUUGUUAAACAAUGAAAACGGGUUUAGGUGUUCUAUGUUGCUCUUAUUAUCUGCCUUAUCUACUAUGGACUAGUGGAUGUGGCAUGUAAGCCUUUGAUAAUGGCAGGGAGCAUUGUUACACUAAGUCUGUAUAAAGACAAACUUACCUUUUUAACUGUUUUUUUAGUACGAUUUUUGAUAUUUAUGUAUUUAUUUUACUGAACUGACAGAGCACUUAAUUUAAGCAUAUUUUCUAUUGAUUUAGUACUGUAACACUGUAAUGAACUGUUAAUAAAAAUCAUAGUUAUUGUCUUA